AUGCUUUCGUCUUAUUUUUCUGCCACCCGCGCGACACACUACAAUUUUCGGAAAAACUCACAGCGAAGUAGUUCUGCCAGUCCGCGUGCGGCUUCGAGACACACUCCGACCGAUCGAUACACACCCAGUGCUCAUUUCACAGAAAUCCUUGACUCCAGCUACUCGCAUCAGAUUAUCGGACCAACUGUCUAUUCUGGUGAGAAUUCGGGACAUUCGAGUCCUCGGUCACGUAGCACAAUGACGAUGCUAUUCAGCGGCAAACGAUCGCCGACCACCACAAAACGAUCACCAUCAAGGACCAGUAGUCCCGCCCCCCGGUCUGCUUUACGCGAUUCGGUCACAACGAAAUACUCAAUGACACCAUCACCACGACGUACCAGUUCACCGAUCUAUCCACCCGUACAAACACCGAUACAUCUAGCCCCGCCAGCACAACACAAUCUCCUCAGUCUGGGUCAAUCCGAUCCGGAAUUACCCCGCUAUGUUGAUCCGAUGAAUGAGUUGUCCAAACUGAAAACACAGUUGAAUUCCAUUCAGAGGCUGAUAUCCGGUGAGGAUAGCCAUAGUUCCCGCUCGACGACCGUCGGUUACCUCACAUCGAAAGGUGUGCAAACGGAUGAAACAGAAACCGAGAGGGAACUGAACUUUGCCAAGCAACAAAUCGUUGAGCUUACUCGAAUGCUACAAGCAAAAGAUGUUGUGCUUCGAAAAACCGAACAAGAGAAUAUGCGCCUCAAUGAAGCUGUUCGUCGUUUACGGGAUUUGGGACGACAAAAAACGAGCAGUGAGACUAGCUCCACUCGCAGCUACACGCCGACCCCCACGAACAGCGCCAGAGUGUAUACCAGUAACACGCGGCUAGGUGGAACUCCUACUCAGUCAGCUGUUCCACGGACCGGAUCAAUGCGAUACUCUUCGGAACAUUCGUACGAUCCACGACUGAACGCACUUCAAGGUGUCAAACACGCUCCGUAUAUAAAUCAACCGACCAAUAUCAUGAACUAUGAUAGUAACGAUGUGGAUGGAGAAAUGCAUCAGGCCUAUCGACCGGAACCGCGUCGAGCAAGAACACGUAAUGAUAAUAUAUUUUGUGGUAUGAAUGACAAUAUGUCAAAAGUUAUUGGCCUCACCGCCCUAUGGGAUCAUAAAAACUGGUGCAGUCGCCAGGAUCAGGAUGGACGUCCCACGGCAGAAACCUUCGAGGAAGGAGACGUGCGGGCUUUCCUGGAGGAUUUCGAGGACAUCACGGAGCUGGCGGGAGUUUGGUCGGACCGGGGUAAUUUGACUGCCCUCCGAGCGCUUCUCACACCCCGACCGACCACCGGAAGGCGUUGCGGAGCUUCCAGACGGCACGACUCGGAGUUGGGGUGA